AUGAAUACCUCUUUGGACGCUUUAGGCUCCCACGAGCACUUCGGAGCCACACACAUCGGUCCAACCCUGUCCCCCCACACGUGCAGGAUAUGCCCUGGCCCCUUGGCUGAUGACACCACUGACAAACCCUCAGACUCCUCAGGAAGUGUCUAUAAUGACAAGCAUGUGCGCACUCGCUCCAUCAUUGAACGCACCAUCGGCAUACUGAAGGGACGCUGGAUGUGUUUGGACACAGCAGGUGGAAAAUUGCUGUAUAAACCAGAGAAGGUCUGUAGGAUAAUCAUGGCCUACUGUGUCCUGCACAACAUCGCGAUGAAGCGUGGUGUGCCCCUCCCCCUCAGCCACUACACCGUCAGGAUGUGCGCCCUGAUGCAAUGCUGUGACCAGACUGCAGGCACGCCGUUCAUGUUAGAGAGCACUUAA